GGGAGGUAGCAGGAGCUCUCCUCCGUCCAGCGAGCCAGGCCCCCCCCACCCCUCUCGCAGGAGCUCCUGGCUGCAGCUGUUCCCAGCCCCCCUCCUGGCCCAGGGGAGGGGUGGGGGGGGGGUUCGCAGGCACACAGCUGGUGGGGAGCUGCAUUGCACGGGGGGGAUCUGUCGGGGGGACCCCCCCCCGCCUGGUGUGGGGCUCUGCGCCCUGGCUCCGGCGUUGCUGGAUGCGUGGCCCGGGUGCCAGGCGGGUGCGAGGCAGGGACAGGUGUGAGGGGGAGAGGAGGAGCGCCUCCCCUUAAAGGAAAGGGCCGCUCGGAGUUGCGGGCUGCAGACAGCUCCAGCCUUGCUCCCGGGAGCCGCCGGCACGGUGUGAAGGGCGCCCGUCCCUCCCGGAGACCAUGAAUCUGCCCUGUGAUCUACUCAUCCUGCUGCUGCUGCUGGAGGGGGCGGCCGACGCCGUGUUCCCCGAAGAGCCCGGGCCCAUUAGCGUGGCCCCCGGAGACUAUGUGAAGCACUACUCGGUGUUCGUGGGCAGCGGGCUGAGCCAUUUCUCCAGCCUGGACGGCAGCGGGGCGGAGCGACUGAACAUCCAGCGCAUGUUGAAGGUCAACCGGACUCUGUACAUCGGCGACAGGGAUAACCUGUACCGGGUGAGCCUGGAGCCUGCCACAGCCAGCGAGAUGCGCUACCAGCGGAAAUUGACGUGGGGGUCGAACCCACACGACAUCAGCAUCUGCCGGAUGAAGGGGAAGCAUGAGGCAGAGUGCCGGAACUUCGUCAAGGUGCUGCUGGUGACGAACGAGAGCACGCUCUUCGUGUGUGGGACCAACGCCUUCAACCCCAUCUGCGCCAACUACAGCAUGGACACCUUGGAGCCCAUUGGAGACAGCAUCAGCGGCAUGGCCCGGUGCCCCUACGACCCCAAACAUGCCAAUGUCGCCCUCUUCACGGGCGGGAUGCUGUUCACGGCCACGGUGACGGAUUUCCUGGCAAUCGACACGGUGAUUUACCGGAGCCUGGGGGACAGCCCGACUCUGCGCACCGUCAAGCAUGACUCCAAGUGGUUCAAAGAGCCCUACUUUGUCCACGCGGUGGAGUGGAAGAGCCACGUCUAUUUCUUCUUCCGGGAGAUCGCCAUGGAGUUUAACUACCUGGAGAAGGUGGUGGUGGCCCGGGUGGCCCGGGUGUGUAAGAACGACCAGGGCGGCUCGCAGCGCGUGCUGGAGAAGCAGUGGACGUCCUUCCUCAAGGCCCGGCUCAACUGCUCCGUGCCGGGGGACUCGCACUUCUACUUCAACGUCAUCCAGUCGGUGACGGACAUCCUGUACCUGGACGGGCGGCCCGUGGUGCUGGCGGUCUUCUCCACGCCCUCCAACAGCAUCCCCGGCUCAGCGGUCUGCGCCUUCGACAUGGCACAGGUGGCGUCUGUCUUUGAGGGGCGCUUCCGGGAGCAGAAAUCCCCCGAGUCCAUCUGGACCCCUGUGCCGGAGGAGCUGGUGCCGAAGCCGCGGCCCGGGUGCUGCGCAGCCCCCGGCAUGCGCUAUAACUCCUCCAGUUCCUUCCCGGACGAGAUCCUCAACUUCGUGAAGACACAUCCCCUGAUGGACGAGUCGGUGCCCUCCCUGGGCCACGCCCCGUGGAUCAUCCGCAGCAUGACUCGGUAUCAGCUCCGUAAAAUUGUGGUGGACAGUGCGGCGGGGCCCUGGGGCAAUUGCACUGUGGUCUUCCUGGGCUCUAACACCGGCACCGUCCUCAAGUUCCUGAUCAAGCCCAACAUCAGUGCCAGCCCCUCAGCCGUCAGCGCCGGGAGCCAGAGCCUGCUCCUGGAGGAGUUCGAGACCUACCACCCCGGCAGGUGCGGCCGAGACAACGAGGACGAAAGGAAGCUCUUGGGCAUGGAGCUGGACAAAGCCACGGGGUCCUUGCUGUUGGCCUUCCCCCCGUGCGUGGUGAGGGUGCCCACUGCCCGAUGCCAGCAGCACUCAGGCUGCAUGAAGAACUGCCUUGGGAGCCGGGACCCCUACUGCGGCUGGACCCCCGAGGGCUCCUGCAUCUUCCUGGAAACGAGCACCAGGGCUGUGUUCGAACAGGACAUCGCCGGAGGCAGCACCUCGCACCUCGGGGAGUGUGAGGGACUGGUGACCGAGAGCUUCGUGGAGGAGCCAGACGGGCUGGUCUCCGUGAAUCUGCUGGUGAUCUCCUCCGUGGCUGCCUUCGUCAUCGGGGCGGUGAUCUCCGGCUUCAGCGUGUGCUGGUUCAUCGGGCACCGAGACCGCAAGGAGCUGGCGCGCCGCAAGGACAAAGAGACCAUCCUGGCGCACAGCGAGUCGGUGGUGAGCGUGAGCCGGCUGGGCGAGCGCCGCGCCCGCGGGGGCCAGCCCGAGAACCUCCUGGCCCCGCUGAUGCAGAACGGCUGGCCCAAGGCGCUCAUCAAGGUCAGCCAGCACGACCUGGACGCGGGGGUGCUGCCCACGCCCGAGCAGACCCCCCUGCAGCAGAAGCGCUGCCCCGGCAACCUCAAGAACUGCAGCUGGGAGCACAGCCACAAUCUCAUCAACGCCUCCAUCCGCGAGCCGCCCUGCGCAGGCUCCUCCGUCAUCCUGCUGCACUCCAGCCACGCCCAGGUGCCCCACCACCUCCGGGCCGGGCGCGGCAUCCCCAUCUGCCACUCCAUGCUCAUGGACCAAGAGCUGGAGGACGAGGCGAGCGACUCCUCCGUGGACAUGCACUACCUGCCGGUGAGCGGGGCGCGGGAGCGGGGCGAGGGGCCGAGGGGCCAGCAGCAGCCGCCCCCUUCCCACCGGCCCGGCUUGGGCAGGAGCUCCUGCGGCGAGUUCCCCGUCACGCCGCACGACAGCCCGGACCGGCGCCGGGUGGUGUCGGCGCCGAGCGGGGAGGCCGGGGACUACGCCGACAGCAGCCCCUGGAACCCCGACAAGCUGAAUUUCAACAGCAACAACGCGGCCAGCAAGGCGGCCGCCCACCUCAAGAGGAACCACACGUUCAACAGCGCGGAGAACCCGGGGGUGUACAGCCGGCACGCUGGGCCCCCGCGGGCCCCCACGCUGGGCAGCCAGCACACCCUCACGGACCUCAGCCACCUCCUCAAGUACGGCAUCGAGCGGACUCCCUCCGUCAAAUAGGAGCUGGCCGGGGAGGGGGUGUGGUUUGGUUGUAUAGCCUCCUCUUGGGGGCGGAGUUUCAAUGGAGGGGGCGGAGCAUAGGGAGCCUCGCUCCCAUCCAGGGAGACACGCCCGAGACCCAGGUGUCUCCAGCAAAUGACUGUAGGGGGCGCCGGAGAGGAGCCGGUUGUGGGGUCUGGGGGGGGUCUCUGCGUUUGCUCUGGCAGCUGGUGCUUCCUCACUGGACUCUUCUCCCCGAACCUGCCCCACUCGCUCCUUCUUUUCGGUGGGACCUAGGCAGGAUUGGGGCCCCUCCACGCAGGAUUUCGUCAUCGCCGUAGAUAUAACAAAGCAGCGCGAGGGGGUGGAAGGCAGCUGGCUGGAAAAGGCCCUGGUGAACCUGGGGUCCCCCCCGCCCUGCCCGGCUCGUCACCUCCUCGUUUUUGUACUGUAAAUGGUGGGGGUGUCAGGUCUUCUAAUGAGUGGGUGACUUGCUCCUUGACACCCCGGGCUCAGAGCGGCCUCCCCGGGAUCUCAGAGUUCUCCUCUCUCCUUUUGGGAGGGGGCCAAAGCCAGAGUUCCCCUCUGUUCCCCCCAUCUGACAUUGCCAGUGCCCGAAGUCCCCCCUGCUUCUUGCUGGGAGGGCACAGGGCCUGGGUGCCCCCUCUGGCCUCACCUGGCAAGGGCUGGGCCCGUUCCUACACUUGCGGUGAGCAGUGCCCCUUCUGCCCCAUGCUGGCAGGGGUGGGGCUGGUGCAGCGCCCCUUCUGCCCUGCUCUGUCAGGGGGCAAGACCCCCGCUGUCUAUCCCAGGACAGGGCUUCUGUUGCGUGGUCAGGAAGGUCCGCGACCUCCAGUGAAUCCGGCGGUUGGCUUCCCCGUAGGCCCAGCUAACACUGGGAUCUGGAGCCAGUGGCCGCUGCACUGGUGGACCAGCAGAGAGAGGGGACCGCAGGGGUCUGGGGGGGGAUGUUCUCUUCCCACCUGGCUGGGGCCGAUCUGUCCCGGCGCCCCGAUGGCCCAUCCGGCUGCCUCUCUGCAGACAGACCAGCACUUUACCCGUCACCCUGGGAAGCCCUGCCAGGCAGAUGCCAGCGGAUGGCAUUGGGCUGACACUGCAGCGAGGUUACCGCUACGCUCCCCAAAACCGGCCAUCCUCCUUCCCUACGGCAUUUCCUGAUACUGCCCCCCCCCCACAGCCCCUCCGCAGCCCUAACAAAGCCCCUCUGAACUGGCUGGUGAAACGGUUCCCGGCUGCCUCCCACAGCCGCGCUGUGCCACCAUCGCCCCCGUGCCUUGAUGCAGUCGGUCACACGCCACCCGAUUCCAACAGGAGCCCUUCGCUGUGGUGGAGAUGACUGCGUGGGGGGCAGAGGAUUGGCACAAACGUAGCCUUAGGGAUUGUGGAGUCCCCACGGGGAAGACAGGAAGAGGGGGCAUAUGUCUCUGGAACAAUAGGAAGCACAAUCUUUUUGUUGUUGUUUUAAACCCGUUUGGGGGCUGAUUUUCUACCGACCGCGAGGCGGGAAGGGGCCCCGGGUGUGUGGCUUGCUCUGGUUUGGCGCGGAUUCCGUGGGGGUUUCCAGAAUCGGAUCUUGGCCUGUUUGUAUUUUUGUUUUAUUGGGGGGGGGAGGAGGUGGCCUUUCUUUUUCUUUCCUUUCCUCUGUCACAAAUUGCACAAUCCCUCCAGCGCGGAGGCGUCUCUCGGGCCAGGGAUCAAGAGCGUCUCCGGCUGUGGCAGGGCAGCGGGCCGGGCGUUGUCAGCAGAUCCCCUGCUGUUCCCCUACCAAGGUCCCCAUCUCCACCCACCUCCGGCCAGGCGGGGAAGGGGCUCUCCGGGAAGUCUGGCUCCUGCCCCCCUCUCUCUAAAGCACAGAUUGGAGCCUAGCUGUUGGCACCGAUCUCGGAGACGGCGUGGCGCUUGCGGGCACAGGGAGCCCGCGAUAACGUGUGCAUGCAUUGGCAUGUUUGUGUGCGCGCCUGGCGCUGCCCCCUGCGGGCACCCAGCCAACCUUUCCGGGACGCAGCUGCGACUUGCCGGGGUGCCUCCAGCUCUCAUCUUCCCCAAGGGAGGCUCAGAGCUGGGGGUUUGAGACCGGCUCUCGUCGCUCCCCGGGCGGUGGGGAUCAGUGAAGAUUGUGGGGGAUGGGGCUGGUUCAGACGCUCGCCCCGAUGCUCAGCUGUUUCUCCCAGCCUCGCUGGGGGUGCAAAGUCCACGAAGGGGUGGGGGGGAUUCACUUGCUUCCCCAGGUCCCCUGCACCCCACUCAGACCACAGAGAUGACAGGGACGGCUUCCCCCGUGGCAUUUCGGCGCGUCCCGCCACAAGCACAAAAGCCAGUGAAAAGAGGUCCCCGGCCCGCUUGGGGCCACAGAGUCUGGGCUGGGGUUGGGAGCCGGGUUCUUGUCCUCUCCGGGCCUGUUAGCCGGAGCACUGGGUCCAGGGUCAGAUCCUGCUGCUGGGUGCGGCCUUGCUGGUCCCCUCUGCCCACCGGGGCAGGCAGGGCCUGAGACCCAGAGCCCAGGGAAGGGGAAGGACUGGCAGCGUGGGGCCAGGGCAAGGAAAGAUACCUGAGGGAGGGGGUGCUGGAUGGGAAGUGGGGGCAGGCAGCAGAAUGUGCUCGCUGGGCUGGGGCAGGUAAUCUGGAAGCUGCCCCCCUCCCUAGAGCUGGCCUGCAGCCUGCCCCCUUCCCCCCACUUGGCCUUCUCCACCAGGCAUGGCAAAGCUCAGCUCUCGUGUGGCACCGUCUUGGGGCCGGAGCGCCAGGCAAAUGGGAGCUGCUGGGGGCUGGGCCCUGUGUGCGAAUCCAGCCACUUCCUUUAGGUGCCUGAAUGGGAGAUGAGCUCUUGUGACAAUCAGGCCAACAGGGCCUGCAGCACCAGGGCCGCGUGUACCACGCACGGGCUGCAGCCCUGUGAGGACCGCGUGUAUCAUGCACGGGCUGCAGCGCCGCGUACACCGUGUGUACCACGCACGGGCUGCCGGCCCGGUUAGCCUGCACCUGGAUGGAUCCUGCCCACAUGCUGCCCAGGCCAGCUUAAAAUGGCAGCCAAAGCACUGGGAAGACGGUGACAGCUCAGCAGGGCUUCUGCCCCGGCCCACUGCGGAGCCUGGGCCCCGCCAGCCAGGCCCCUGCUUUCCCGAGGGAGGCUGGGGGGGCCGGAUCCCCACCCCGGGGAGUUUGACGAGGGAGCAGAGCCAGGCCUGGGGGAAGAGGGGAGGGGACCAUGGUGACGUGGAGGGGGACAAGACAGCUGCGAUGGGCUCCGCGGAAAGGGGCGGGCGUCUCUAGCUGCCCCCAGGGGAAGCCGGGCCUGCAGGCCGCCCGCUCCCCACCACUGUAAAUAAGGUGUGCGAGGAGACGACCCAUUGCCAAGCGAGUGGUCCAGUACGAUGCAAGUUCUCUUGUGACCUGUGCCCCCCUGUGACCUUUCUCCUUUUAACCUGUGCAGGCCAUGCAUGCUACAGCAGUAAACUCUUCUCUGUAUAACUCUGGAGUUCCCCCUGCCAAUAAAGUUCUGUUUACAAGACUGGA